AUGGUUCUCCAGCCAACAUCCCCUACCCGUAGAUACUCCGACUACCGUCGCGCUGUGCCUAUCAGGCGCAAACGCAGUCCGUCCGCUACCCAAGCCAAGAAAGCAGCUGACAGCAUUGCAUCGCAAGAACGCAAGGACCCUCCAGCACACCCAAAUAAAGAGACACACUCAGUAAUGCCAGCUGGACCGGCUACCGACAAGCCAGCCACCAACGCUACACCAUCCUCCUUAACCGGAGCACUCUCCCGCUCUGGCUCUCUCACCGACCGCCUCCGCUCCUCUUGGAAGGGAGGCGUGUCUUCCCUCCUGAAGAAAUCCCAGGACAACGUCCGGGCCGAAGACAUCGCCAAAGCCAAAGCCAGAAAAAGCAAAAUGCCCAAGCCCCAGGCCCAGCCCAAGAAUUCUCACGGUUCCGGCGUUUACCACUCCAAGUUCAAGCUCAAGGGCAAGGACCCUGUCGAGCUCCCUACUUCCUCCUCCACCAGCAGGCUGGCAAAGCGUAAAGCCACCAACGACAGCAAGCACACCAACAACUCGAGUAUUAUUGAUUCAGCCUACUCGCCAAACUCCAAGCAGUUCCGAGUCAGCAAUAGUGCACCCCCUGCGCCUCAGAAGAGCACGGAGCAGAACACAUCAAGUACUCCGCAGCAAGGACCAAGUGCUUUCGAUGAUAGCAGCAGCGACGAGGAUGAGGACGAGAGUCCAGUCCUGCAGAGGGCCAGCAGCGUGAGUGUAGGUAAGCCGAUGCUCGUCCGCCACACGAGCAACGCGGCCGCAAGCCAGUCUGUCAGGAGAGAGCAGAGCCCAGCACCAAAGACAGGAUUGUCAAAGGAAAUCAGUGCGGACAGGGAGACGCAGGACAUGAAGCAAGGGGCUGAGGCAGCAAGCAAAUCCGACGAGGUCCUGACGGCCGAGCUGGCCAUGGAUCGAGAGAAUGCCCUUCGCCUCCUCGAAGGUACACCUACAUCAAGUGUCAUUGAGAGUAAGCCCCUCCCCACGACACCAACUAUCACCGCGUCGCAAAUCUCUCCAUCGCGAGUCCUGGUUGCCUCGCCGGCGACCUACCACGAUGCCACCCCACAAAGCACGCCCUCGACAGCGUCCACGGCCGCCAACAACCAGCAAGGCACGCCCUUCACAACGCCGCUCUCUCCUCUCUCAGCCCUAUAUUCCAACCCGGUGUCCCCAAAUACAGCCAUCAACAGCUCGCGCCUCAGCCGCACCCUGUCAGCCCCAACACCACCAAGCCGCAACCCAAACCGUCGAGUCACGAUCCGCCCUAGCGACCUCAUUAUCACCCACAGUGAGCACGACCACCGACUCUUCCGCGACAGCAUUAUCACCACCCCCUACCCCGAGCGUGGCAAUGGAGGUGCCGACGGCAAGAGCAACAAUCGGCUAAGCGACAUCCCCGAUGGUCACGAAGGGCGACCCUCCAGCGAAGAUGGCUUUGGCGGCGACAUUGGCAGUGAGACGCUCCGGCCCAGCACGGCGGGCGAGGGUGGGAAACCUUACGUGCAGCUCCUCGAUCCGAUACCCACUUCAGCGGCGAUGUCCCCCCACGGUCCAGGUGACCGCGACCGCUUCCCGUCGCUCACGAGCUCCGAGUCCCUCUUCCUCACGCUCUCCAUCGGAGGCCACCCUUCUCUCAUCACAACCGUGGAGAUCGAGGUCCCCAACAGCACCACACAGCUACCCUCCACUCCCGCCGCGCUCUCGCUCCGCAAACACACGCGCCGUCUGCUGAACGCCAGCUCGACCACCCCAGCAGACGUCGAGGCCGCCACCCCCUUCGACGACGCCUCCCUCUUCACCGCCCUCCGCGCCCACUACAACACGCACCUCCUGCCCUUCCCCCGCCGCCUCCUCUUCACCCGCACCCUUUCCCACGCCACCCUGGCCCCCAACCUCGACCUCGACGCGACCUCUUUCCUCGCCCACCUCUCCACCCCCUCCAUCGGCGCCCAGAAAACCGCCUGGCUCCUCUGGCUGCGCAACCACCAACCCUCCCACCGCCCCACCAGCGCCAACACCACGGGCACCACCUUCAGCAAAUCCCACCACCACCACGCACGCAACCACAGCAUCCUCUCCCACCUCAACUCACCCACGGGCAGCACCCACACCCACACCCACAGCAGCACGCCAAUCUACCCACGCAUGCCCUUCCAGCGCGGCGGCAACGAUUCCUUCUCCUCCACAACCCCGCCACACAUAACGCUGCACUACCGCUUCAACAUCCUCACCAUCUCCCUCGCGGCGCUCUUGAGCCUCCUUCUAGGCGCGUUGGCCAUCGUGUUGUGGGUCUUGGUCGGCGUGCCGGGCUUGGGCAUCGGAGAGGAGGGGCGUGUCACAGGGGCAGGGAGGGUGUAUACUGGUGGUAGUGGUGGUAAUACUGGAGGGGGAGGUGCGAGUUAUGGGGGUUGGCACGUGGAUAGUCAGAUGCGGGUGUUGACGGCGUUGGUGCUGGGAGGGGGCGUGGCGGGUGGGGGCUUGGUGGUGGUGGGGCUGUGGGUUUUGGGGGGGUGGGUGUUGCUGUAG